UUGAUCCAAGAUGAACCCCCAUGCCAGCAAUGCAGUACAUCACAAUGAUAUAACCAAGUGCCAUGCCUCUUGGAACAACAUGAGGUAUCUGGGAAUUUCCAGUCUCCUCCACACAUCCUUACCAAUAUCUGAGGACGUGACGCAUUCCUUUAAGAUGUAACCUCUCAUGGUUGGUUCCAAUAUACCUAUGGACUAGACACUAUACACUCUCAAUGCCUAGCUUAGUCCUGUGGCUGCUGGUACUGCUAGUACCAUAGGAAGGAUCCAUGUUUCAUCGAGCUUGCAUCUUUUCUCAGCAUAAUAGAUUCUUGAGUAGUGCCUAACCCUGCACCAAUAUACUUGUUUUACUUUUGUCCAUUGUUCCAGCAUCUUAUUUUUAUGAACGAGCAUCUCCUACCCCCAUUGAAUUUCCUUUAGUCCUCCCUGUAGCUCCUGUAUUAGGAAGCUGCCAUACUAUGAACAUUUGAUACCUUAAAAUGGUUUGUAAUUUUUCCAUUUAAUUGAUUGCUACUUCCACUUCCCUAAACACCUAUCCUGUUGUUCUAGCAUCCUGAAUUUCCUUUAAAUCCUCCCUAGAUCCUCAUUUCUGUUGUUUUUCACUUCAAAAAGUUUUGUAAUUGAACUCUCAUUUUCUUCCCACAAUACUUGUGAUAUCCAUAUGAUUCCAUGCUGAUGUUCCCAACUCCUAUUACUGUUUCUGUCUGUCUUCCCCUGACUCUUUCACGUCUCAUGCCACCAAAUUUCCUCCAGUUCCACCCCAUCCAUUGACUGUCUGAAAUUUUGCAGUGCUUUUGAUAUCAUUCACAUAUAGAAGUGCAUAUAUUUUGCAUGACAGAUCUCCUGUGGUAAAGUAAAAUGGGUUAAAUUCAAUACUACAGAGAUCAUUUGGUACUAUACAUUACUAUACGUAGUCUGAUGAUCACAGUUUAUCACUAAUCCAUUGUCAGGUUCUGCUUCUAUUUCUAUGGAUGGUUCGUCAUCUUGCUUAAAUUCUGGAGUAGGAGGCAUUGUUACUCCAGUAUGUUCAGAAGUGGUAGUGUUACUUUGACCAUCCUUAAUCCCGUUCAGAGAGAAGGUCUGGCAUGUUAGACUCUCGGGCGGUAGUUCAAUGAGCUGGUAAAGUAACUCUAAUAUUUCCUGUAUGUGUUAACUGCAUGCCAUGAAUUUUUAGAUUAGCCAUUACCAUCUCAUUUAAACAAACUGUCCCCCUCAGCUCACGUCCAAGUCCCUGCUCCUGAGAGUUGUUUGUGCAGCAGGAUCCUCCACGUUGGCUAUUCUGCAAUCUGUAUCAGAACACUAGGCUUUUCUGGAUGUUUACCCAGCAACCAUAGGGCUAGGGCAAUUGUUCCCAAACUGGGAUGUUCACGAAAUGUUACAGAGGGUUCUCGGGAAGCAUGGAGCCAGCAGCCCGGAGCUCUUGGGGACUUCAAAGAGCUAAGCAGAUCAACGCAAGCAUAUCUAUCACACUGAGGAGAUUUAAACUUCAAGACUCCUUUUACGAAAUAAAAAGAGAGUUCAACUUGGCAAUCAAAGAUAUACCAGAGGUAACUCAUGAAGCAAAGAAAGCCCUGGCAGGACAGCUACCUGCUGUUGGACGGUCAAUGUGUGUGGAGAUCUCUCUCAAAACCUCUGAGGGAGAUUCCAUGGAGCUGGAAAUCUGGUGUCUAGAAAUGAAUGAAAAGUGUGACAAAGAAAUCAAAGUUUCCUACACUGUGUACAAUAGGCUGUCUCUGCUGCUGAAGUCCUUGCUUGCUAUAACCAGGGUGACUCCAGCCUACAGACUUUCAAGGAAACAGGGCCAUGAAUAUGUAAUACUGUACAGGAUAUACUUUGGGGAAGUGCAGCUGAGCGGCUUGGGAGAAGGUUUCCAGACAGUCCGUGUUGGGACAGUGGGUACCCCAUUGGGCACCAUCACUCUGUCUUGUGCCUACAGAAUCAACCUGGCCUUCAUUUCAACCAGGCAGUUUGAGAGGACCCCACCUAUCAUGGGGAUUAUCAUUGAUCACUUUGUGGACCGUCCCUACCCCAGCUCCUCGCCCAUGCACCCCUGCAAUUACAGAACGUCUGGUGAGGACAAUGGAGCAGCAUACCCAUCAGUGGAAGACUCCCAGGAAGUGUGCACUACCUCUUUCUCCACCUCCCCUCCAUCCCAGUGUGUUUUUACUGUCACUAAGGCACAUUUUCAGACCCCUCCUCCUGUGCUGAUGGACACCUUGAAGGUCCCUAUGAUGGGACUGGCCUUUUCACAUCAACUUUCCAGCUCUCGUCUUUCCUAUCAGCCUGCUGCCCUGGGAGUUGGAUCAGCUGACAUGGGGUAUCCAGUAAUCUUUGCUGGUGGUUUGAAUGCUGCACAUCCUCAUCAGUUGAUUGUUCCAGGGAAGGAGGGUGGGGUGCCCCCAGUUCCUAGCCAGCCAGCACAUGGCACUCAGGCUGACCACGAAAGGAUGGUAAUGUGCACCCCUUUGGAUGGAGCCCUCUACUCAGCAGCUACUCCUUCCAGUAGUGAGGACACGGAAACCAUAUCAAACAGCAGCGAAGGGAAGAGUGGCUCCCCACACGAUCUCUUGGAGACCAUCUUUGUCCGGAAGGUGGGGGCCUUUGUCAACAAACCCAUUAAUCAGGUGACCAUGGCCAGCUUGGACAUUCCUUUCGCCAUGUUUGCUCCCAAGAAUGUUGAGCUGGAGGAUAAUGACCCCAUGGUGAAUCCUCCUGACUCCCCAGAUGUUGAGUCUCCUCUACAGGGCAGCUUGCACUCAGAGGGCUCCAGUGGCAGCAGCACCGGGAACACACAUGACGACUUUGUCAUGGUUGACUUUAAACCAGCAUUUUCAAAAGAUGACAUUCUCCCAAUGGACUUGGGGACGUUCUACCGCGAGUUUCAGAACCCGCCUCAGCUCAGCAGCCUCUCCAUUGACAUUGGGGCUCAGUCCAUGGCAGAGGAUCUGGACUCGUUACCGGAGAAGCUGGCAGUCCAUGAGAAAAACGUCAAAGAGUUUGAUGCCUUUGUAGAGACUUUGCAGUAAAGCUGUCUUCUUAUUGCAGCAGCAGUGUCCUUCUGGAACACCUGGAGGAGGAAGCCCACAAUGUCUGUCUGCCACUCUCCCUUUUGUGUCCAGUUUUUCCCCCCGUAUCUUGUGGGCUUUGUCAGAUCACCUCCUCAAUACUGGGUACAGAUUCAGCUGUCAGUCUCCCCUCAGCCAGGCCCCAGGAUAGUUUUGGACCCCUUUUCCUACUGGCAUUUGAGUACUUAUCUAUGACACUACAAUAGGGACAAAAGAAAUGAAGCUUCGUUUUUAGUAACCCCGUUCCCCUUCAGUCUUGGUUCUGUGUAUGGAGGGGUUUUAUGGAAAGCUGCCAGAAAUGCUCCCUGCAAAGCCUCUUGCAUCACAAUUCCUCAAAAUUUAGCUUCUGGGGCACACACCAUCUUUUCCCUGCAUCUGCAAUCCAUUGGAGUGUAGACAGCCUUGGCUCAGAACAAAGGAUCUGUGCAGUGGCAGACUCAGCUGGCUUGAGUGCAGGACCUCAGCUCUUGGGCAUUUCAUCCUGUCUUCAGUGAGCGCAUGGACUGCAGAGCACAAGGGGAUGAGGCAGACUUCCACCUCAUGCACUGUACUGUGCGACACCUAUAGCUGUCUUCACUUUCUGCUCCCAAGGAACUGAGGCGUUGCACAGAUUUUCUUUCUGGGGCCUUGUGCUUGGCCUGUCUGCCCAAAUCACAGAUGUGAAACUACAGAAGCUAUGCAGAAGGGCUUUCCACAUUUUCUUGCGUGUAUGAAAACCACAAUGCUAAGGUCCCAGAAUGUGAUUGUACUGGUGCACCUGCAAGUGGCACCUUGGGAGUAUAUUAAAUUUGUAGUCGCGGCUCUUGAAAUGCAGUUGUAAAUAUAAAUAGGAAUUCUAUUUCUCCAGGGUUAUGUAACUAGGAGUCUUAGUCCCUUUUCCCUGCAAACCUUUCUGCUUUAUGGUUAAUAUAUAAGAAACAGGAAAUAUUUAUUGCUUUUAAAGAAAGCUAUAUUAAAAAAAGUUAAGUUUUCACAUACAAGUGCAGGUCAUUCUGUCCUGUCACUGCAGACAGCUGUUGUGCCAUGGAGCUCUGUCCCAUGACAAUAGUCUGCCUUUGGUAGGGAAAAUCCAAGCUAUUUAUUUUCAGAGACACUUAUUUACUCUAAUACAGUGUUCUGUUCUGGGGACUUUCUUCCAUGACACCCAGUCUGGGCAUUGAUAUAAGAACACGCAUGUGUUUGUGCAGCAGAGUUGCAGGGACUUUGUGAAGAGCUCCAUUCUGAUAGGCUUGGGAAAUGGACUUGUUCUGUUCCUCAGCCAUUCCAGAGGUAGCUUGUUCACAGAAGCACACUUUUUGAAAGUUGAUGGUACUCUUUUUAAUCAGCUGGCUUAUGAUUAGCUAAAAGUUUAUUUUUUUAAUGAGCUAGCCAUGAAGUAGUGAGUGGCUGGCAGCGUUCUGUGUUUGAGCUGGUUGUUGUGUAUCCUUUGUCUCACGUGAGGAAGGGAGAAGCUGUGUAAUGGCACUAAGCAGGAACUCAGAGUAGGGCUUGUGCAACUUUAUCCACCCUUCAGCCACCUGUAACUGGGCUGAGUAACUGAAGAGAUCCUGCUAGUCCCCCUUGCUAUCCACUGACGAUAUUUCUGUAGAGUGGUGGGAGUUCUCUGUACUCUGAGGGUCCUUGCUAGUUUCCUUACUACUGGUGGAGUAACUAGCUUCUUCAGAAAAGGCUGGAUGUGGCUUUCUCCAGAGCUCAGCACAAUUCAUGAGGUUGAAAAGGAGAGUUGCUCGAGAAUGACACUAGGCCUUGGGUUACCCCGUGGCCUCUGCUGCCCUCCGCCCUGUGCUGCUGCCAGAGCAAGGAAUUGAGCUCAGGACCUGAACUGAUUCCCAAUACGGUAACAUGUUCUUUUGCUUUCCCAGCCCUUGAGUUGUCAGGUGUUUGCUGUGCAUGAUCAGUGGCAGUGUUUUAGUGUAUGCUCUAAAGCACCAGGUAGGGGUAUUAUAACUACUUGAAGCAGCAAACUCUCCUCUCCCAGGCCACCCACCCAAUCCAACUAACUCCCAUAUCAAAAGAAUCAAUCCUUGUUUGCAAGGAAUAAUCCAAUCUCUUCACCUGUCUGCACCAGUGCUAAAAGGCCUCCCAGUGAAGUGUAAUUGGAAAUGCUGGAGGUGAAAAUCCCACUAUCCCUGUCAAUAACACUGACUUAGGAGGCUUCAAAGCAUUUGACAAAUACUCCCUACAACCUGCCUAUGAGGAGGUAAGUAAGCUGCAUCUCCACAGUACAGCUGUGGAAACUAGACAUGGGGUCAGGUGUGUCUAAGGUCACACAGUGAGUAAAUGGCAGAGUCAGCAAUAUAACCCAGAUCUCGUGAUUUUCCCCCCCAUCCCCAAUCAGCUGGUCAUUCUUCCAAGUCUUGUAGUAAGUCGCAUGUGGACAUACUCUGGCACUCUGACCUUUUAACUUGCAGGCUAUGCGUGGGUGAGCUCUCCUGUCAAGUCAUUUGUUGAGGUUAGUAAACUACUGGCAUGCAUUGUGCCUGCUAGGAAGAAUAGAAUAGACCUUCCUCAUGGUGAUCUUUCCCUCAGCAGCAUUGACUCUGUAGUUCCUCCUCUUCUUCAUGCUGAACUGCUGUGGUAUCCACAGAAGGCAAGCCAUCGUUCCUGUUUCUGUCUGGAAAGCCUCCAGGGCCUAGUGUCUGUGCUCAGUCAUUUUCAUGUGACUUUUACAAGAUCGCAGCUCCUGCAUCUCACAAGGCAGAACUUCUGUGUAGCAACCAUGUUUGUUUAAUGCCACCCAGUGGAAAACUGCCCACCUGGGUUGAUAGGGUAUAGCUGGAUAGCCACAGCAAUAAAGGUUUUCUCUUGGGAUGAGAGAUGUGCUUAUUCCUGGGCAAUCCUGAGAGUUUUGACACCUCCAUUCCAAAAUCUAGGCGCUCAGCUCUGUCUAAUUAAUGCAUUAGAAAUGAUUGGCCCAAAGCAGUUCUGCAAGAGGGACCUAGCUACUGAUGCUGUGGCCUGCUGUAGAAUUUGUUUAAUGACGAAUAUUGUCAUAAUUUUAAUAGCCAUCUGCUCAGGCCUGUACUAUAUCAAGGCAGCUUGUACAUAGCGGAUGACCUGCAAAUCCUUUUGGUGCAGGGUACUAAAUUGCAUUGUUUUGGAAAUAGUCUCCAAGGCACUUCAUGUAUUCAAAGAAUUUCCAAUAAAUCUUUUAUGUAAGCAACUCUGA